GUUCCUGCUGAAGCAUCGCCUGCCCCCGUUACUAGUCCCCGAGAGACACAGAACACACCUGUUGCUUCUUCCACAGCUAAGCGAACCCCGGAACCAGCAGUGAGCCCCACGAAAGGCGCCCCUAUUGCUCAGUAUACGACGGUCACGACUAGUAGCAGCUCAACGGCAGAAACAACUGACAAAACCACAGCGGCACCAAAAUCUUGUGAUGAUAUAAAAGCUGACUGCAAGAAAAACAACAAGAUUUGCAAGAUGCAAGACGAAAAGCCAGUAUGCUCAGACACGUGCACGGACGAAUUAAACAAAAAAUGCACAGAAGUUCCGUACAGGCGGUGUGAACUUCGUCAGGGAGAAGAAAAAUGCGUCUGCGACAAAGGACUGAAGGACGAAAACGGCGAGUGCAAGAUUGCAAAGAAGAUCACCAUCAAAUUCAAGAUUACAAAGAAAACAGCACGCCGUAGACGAGACACUGCAAAGCCAACCUGUGAAACGGACAUGACGGAACUUGUCAAAGUGAUAAAGGCACAGGUGCCUAACGUUGACGAAGACUCUAUUGUGUGCAAAGGCGGUGACGUUGAAUUUGAGGUGUUUGCUCAAGACAAUGAAGCGGUAGCCAACUUUACAAAUCUGGUGAACAAGUGCGGUAAACCUGGGAGCCCUCCUUGCCCCCUCAACGACGUUUCCUUCAGCAAUGCAAAAACCGAGCCUGCAAAGCAGUGCGAACAGCUCAAGGCCGUUGUCGAUGACUUCGGCAUGAACUGCACAGAAACCGAAGACGGUACCAAAGUUUCCUGUGACGUUAAUAAAGCAAAGCCUAUCGGAAAGACAGAAUUAGAUGGUCUGCCAUUCGAAGUUUGCAAGCCAUUACCAUGCAACGAGACCUGCAAAGGUGACGAUCGAAAACACUGUGUCGACGAAUCAUGCGUCUGCAAACCACAGUUCAAGUAUGACUCGGUAAAAAAUGAGUGCCAAAGCAUCUGUGAUCUCAAGCCGAGUCCCUGCUACGGCGAUGCAGUGUGCGAAAUCGGCACAGAUUACCAAAGCUUUUACUGCAGAUGCCCUCCCAAGCGCACAGGUCCACUGUGCCAACGUGACAACAAGACCUUUCUCUCCGCCCAACUGAACAUCGUUAUUGUUGGUGUCGUUCUUUCAUCUUUACUACUGAUGUGCUUCGUCGUCUCUGCAAGCAUCAUUUCCAGGCUGAAGAAGAAACUUGAAGGCCCUAGCUUCAAGAAAGACCCUGAGCGAUCUACCCAACGGGAGCUUCGUGGCUACGACGGCCCCUACAAAGCUUCGGACCCGGCCUCCCUACACCGAGAGCGGGACUACACGUCGCUAUGAGGGCGCUCAAUUGAUGGCUUUCAUCUCUUUCUUCAACAAACUUUUUUUCUAUCAAUAACAUCUCUCAUCGCGACGAUAAAACAUGGGCUAGUCAUUUCAGUGCCUGAAGAGCCCUCCUGGAGUUUACCGUUUUCAUACCAUCACUGUGAGCUAAUUGGCUGUAAGCCACGCCACACCAGUUUUGCGAUUCGUCAUGUAUGAACUAUCGAAGGGGGCGUCACCGCUGUGAAGCCACGUGCAGCAUGUGUUUGUGUAGAACGAAUGUUAAAACAAACACCAAUCAAUGAGGGGAAAGAUUUUUUUUGCGAGAAAAAAAGCACGAUUUGUAACAUUGAUUACUGCUUGUUUAUAACAUGAAUUUUGUGUGUGUGAAUAUGGAAACGGAGACAAAUUAAUGAUGGGCUUCUUUUUGUGUUAAUUUCAUUUUGACAAAAAGCAUUGAUUGUAACAUUGGACCAGGUUUGUAAUUUAGUGACUGUGUGGCUAUGGGGAAAAAUAAAGGUGAUACAAUAAUA